AUGGUGACCCCACAACCACUUGUUUCUGGUUCUUUCUCAUCAUCCCUGCCUGCUAGAGACACAUGCGACAGUGACAAUGAAUGGGAAGACUUGGAGGAAGUAGAGGAAAAGAAGGAAGAAAAAGAAGAUUGCACUAGGGAAAUGGAGAUCUUUGUGACUUUGACAAAGUCAGAGAACAAUGGUUAUGGAUUCUCUGUAGUUCUUAACAAAGUGGACAACUGCCUGUAUGUUGAUGAAAUCUUGAAUAAGCCUGCCCUGUCUGAUGGGAGAUUAAGAAGGGGAGACAGAAUCAUUAUGGUGAAUGGAAUUGACAUCACAUCUUUACCAUGCAACGAAGCCCUGACUUUACUGCAAAGCUCUCCUCCUGAUUUGCAUCUUGUGGUUGGUCGGACUGACUGUGAUCCGCGUCUCUCUAUUAGGCCAGAUGAGAUUCCCGAAAUUACUCUUACAAAAGGUGCCAAUGGACAGUUAGGCUUGAAGCUGACAGGAGGAGCUGGAAGCAAUUUACAAGGUAUUUAUGUGCUAGAGAUAGUGCCUGGCUCUCCUGCCAGUGUGGAAGGCAGUUUGCAGCCACGAGAUCAGAUUAUUUACAUCUGUGGACUGUGGACUGAGGGCAUUAGCCUGGAUGAUGCAGUGAGAGUGUGUGAAGCUGCCACCCAGAAUGUCCAAAUCAAAGCCACAAGAAAUGGCAAUCCAGUGGUUCCUAUAGAGCAGGAAAAUAAGAAACACUUGGAGAAAACAAACCGUGGUGCCCAGCAAAACACUCCCGAUUCUCCAGAAUGUAAGGACUUCAUUAUUAAGAUUGAGCUGGAAAAAGCAGAAAAUGGAAGCCUAGGAUUUGCACUGGUAGGUGGAAGAAAUGGCAGGGCUAUCCUAAUAAAAGCCAUCAGCCCAGACAGCAUUGCAGAUCUAGAUGGGAGGCUUCAGGUUGGUGAUAUCCUACUUAAGGUGAAUGAAACUUUUGUGUCUGGUCUACCACGUCAAACAGUUAUAGAUUUGCUGCGCAAGGCUCAAGGCACCGUUCAACUCACUGUCUGCCGAAGCAUGGCUUUGCAUUGGGCUUAUUCAGGCAAUCAGAGCAACAGUACAUCUUCCUCCUCAAACACAAAAGCAGGGCCUGACAGUGCUGAGGAAAAUCUGAGAGCUCAGCCUGUUUUCACUUUCAAGGAAGAAGAAGAAUCCAACCACAUGUGCCCCAAGGAUCCAGAAAAUACACACAAUUCCCCUCAACAAGGUCAGCUGGCUGGACAAGACUCUAAGGAUAUCAUCAGUAACAUUUCAAACAGGUCACAGAAAUAUGGAGAAUGUGAAGGCUGCAGAAGACAGAGUCAGCAGCCUGAGUCAGACAGCUGGAACAAUGAAGAUGAUGAUAUGCCCCACAGGAUUUCCUUUCUACCUAGAAGCAGAACCUUUGCUUCUGGAGAUGAACUGAUUCAUCUAAUUAACUUUGAACCACCACUGACUGAAGUAGGUCCAAGGACUGGCAUCACAGGUCUUAUUCAAGACCUUCAGUUGCGGGUUGAGAAUCAAGAGGUGUUAAAGGAGUUUAUGGCUUUAGAACAUGUGAAACCAACAGAUGACUGCCAAACUGGCAAGGCACCAGAAAACCAGGGUAAAAACAGAUACCAAGAUAUUCUCCCAUAUGAUAAGACACGAGUUCCUCUGGGAGCAAAGAAUGGCUACAUUAAUGCAAGUUACAUUAGAAUGACAGUUGGAGAAGAGGAACAUUUCUAUAUCAUAACCCAAGGACCUCUGCCAUCCACCAUGGCUGAUUUCUGGCAAAUGGUCUGGGAGAGUGAAUCAGAUGUGAUUGCCAUGAUGACAAAAGAAGUGGAGCUAGGGCACGUCAAAUGUCAUCGAUAUUGGCCUGAACCUCUCCAUGACUCCAUAGACCUGGCUAACUUCCAUCUCAGGCUGAACAAUUACCAGAUUCUGGAAUACUUCAUAAUUAGAACAAUAGAAAUUAUCAACAAGCAGACAGAAGAGAAGCGCAUUGUAAGUCAUUUGCAGUUUACCACGUGGCCAGAGCACAAUACUCCCAAACUGGCCGAGCAGCUUGUAAAAUUUAUUUGCUACAUGAGAAAAGCUCACAGUGCAGGACCUAUUGUUGCUCACUGCAGCACUGGCAUUGGAAGAAGUGGAGUUUUGCUCUGUGUUGAACUUCUGCUCAGCUAUAUAGAAAAAGGUCUAUGUUUCAACAUCAAACAAAUAGUGAGAGAUUUAAGAGAUCAGCGUUUUGGCAUGAUCCAAACUAAGGAUGAGUAUUUAUUCUGUUAUGAAGUCGUGCUGGAAGUCCUUCAGAACCUUCAAGCAAUGAAUUCCUACUGA